UUCGCGGAGACUGGCGGCGAACCCGCGGUCAGUUCUUUCGGUUCCCGCGCAGCUUAAGGCUCGCUUCCAACGAAUUAGUCAUGUUUUCGAGUGUGUUCCCCAGUGGAUAAUGCUAAAAACCGCCCAUCUAAAUCUUCGCCGUGCCAAUAUUGACAUCGAGGAUAAGCGUGUAGAUCCCUUGUGCCAUACCGUAUCCCGUGCCACUAUCUCGAAGCAUGGAGCUUCUUGAGGCCUUCUUCAUAGUCCUCUGUUUGGACGCUGUUCUUCCAGUGCGCGGCCAGACAUCCCCGGCAGGAGCUCCACCGGACCCAGUGCCCACUGAUCACACUGACCGGGGUCAAGAUGGCUCGUACAGGUUCCAAUACACCAAUAACGACCGGGGACAACACUACCACGGUGCCGUUGCAUCGGCCGAUAAUACUGUUGCUGGCAGGUACGGAUACCGAGAGCCAGGCACGGGCCGGAUAACGGAGACCCAAUACACGGCCGGGCAGCGAGGGUUCCGGGCGCAGGGCCCGGACAUCGCCCGGAAGAUGGACCUGUCGCAGGCCAAAAUCCCCUACGCUCCGCCGAUCCCGCCGGACUCGCCCGCCUACCAGCCGAGCUACGACACCUACCACGACCCCAACGAGGACGCCUCCUACGACUACAACAUCCGCACGCCGACGCUCGUCAAAUCGGAGACGUCCGGACCCCGCGGCGACACCGCCGGGCAGUACUCCUACAUCGACGACGUCGGCAAACGUCACGACGUCCAGUACGAGGCCGGCGCCGGGGUCGGCUUCCACGUCCGCACCCCCUUCCCCGACUCGGACCCCUUCGGCGGCCUCUUCUACACCGGCCCCAACAAGCCCGGGACCCCUCUCCGCGGCCACACCUCCAUCCAGAGGGGCAAGGACGGCUCCUACAAGUUCGUCUCCACGGGGCCCGACCAAAAGCGCACCGAGAUCAGCGACGCCAGCGGCCGAGUCCGCGGUUCCUACACCUACAUCGACGACAAAGGGGUCCAGAGGACCGUCGACUAUAUCGCCGGCCCGGGCAUCGGUUACAAGAUCGUCAACAAGGGUACGAACCCCGUGUUCCCUACUAUCUACCCCUUCGUACCGCCCAACUACUACCCGCUCAACUUCCCCGACCCGAAGGCGAGCCCGCCGCCCAUAUUCAAACCCAGCGACUCCCCCGCGAAGGCGCCCGACUUCGGCGACGAUCUCUUCGGGAAAGCGGACGUCAAAACGCCGACCCCAUCCCCGACCCCGAAAUCCGACUCCCCGAGUUUCUUCGACGUCUCGAGCCCGGGGCCGACGUCCCCCAGCCCGAAACCGACGUUGUUCGACGUCAAACCGACGUUCAGCAUCGAUAAAUCGAGUCCCUUCCCGCACGACGACGGGAAGUACAAGCCCCCGCCUCCCUUCGUCAAGCCGCUCUACCAACCCGCUUUCACAACGCCGACCCCGCCUUCGUUUCUGGGCCCGGACUCCUCGAUCAACGAUCAUAUCAAUGACGUCAAACCCUUCGACCCGCCGAUCCACGCGGCGUUCCCCGAAGACGACCCUACUAGAUUCUCGACCCCCGGCAACUGGGACGAAGACCUAUUCGGUCCGAAAUCAUCGACGGCGACUCCGAUCUUGAGUAGAGGCUCCAGCAAAUUCGAUCCGAACAACCCUUACGGAGGCUACUCGUACAAUAAACCCGCCAACGGACCGCGGUUCAACGACGAGGAUCGGCCACACCACAGGGACAGGGACCACGGGUAUGAUCACUCCAAGGGAUACCCGGACGAGAGAGGGGGUGGUUGUUGCGGAGAGGAUAAGUUCUACGGAUUUCCACCAGGUGUCGCUGUGAGGGCUCACGUUCAGAGCUUGGAUAUUUUGCCCUAUUCGAGGCGGGCUCCCUCGCCGGGCGAGGCUAUUGAGUACCCGUUCGAAAGGCAUAGCAGGGACAGCUCGACGGAGCGCAGUCAGAGGUUUCAGGACCGGAGGAGGAAUUUAUUCCGACCGAAAUCAAAAUCGAAUUAAGUUGUGAAUAUUGUUGGAAAUGACCCACGCCAGAAUCAAAAUUAGGCUAGAUCUUUCAUAGGUAUUAUUCUUCAUUGAUGUAUUCGGAUAUCGUGUUCAGUUUUUUUUUAUAUGAAAUGGAAGAAAGUAAAUCAUUUUGUAUUUUUUCACAUCUA